AAGCCACCGACAUCUGAUUUCUUCCUCCGCCCGAUGCCGGCGCUAUCAGGCACAUCAAUGCACAUCAAUGUCCGUAUGAACCCCGCCGCAACCGUACAUCGACUCCCUCCAACGGCCCUGCAAGCGAUCGAUCCUCUACUCGUGCCGGUCAGGCCUCGUAUGCGGUAUGAACGCUCUCGAUUCGCCCUCCACUCGACCGUUUCCCCUGGCCGCCUUUCCCAUCUCCGCCGGUCCGCCGACGAUCCCUUUGUUCUGCAGCUCCCGACGUACCGUUCCCACCGAUCUCGUCGACACUCUUUGGCGGUGCCCCCCCAACCAAUUCCUAGGCUUGAUCCUCGGCUCCAGUUGUUUUGCACUCAUGUCCCCUGCAACCAAGGUCCUACCAACGGUCUUCGCCAGUUCGCAACGGUACCUCCAUCGGAUCCUCCGCGCUCUGUUCGUUGUGCUGUAAUCUACCCGCCAUUCGCGACUCCUAACCGCUUUUGCGCUGUGGCCUAGCCGAUUUGAUUUUUGCUAUGUCCGAUAGUCCUCAGAUCGCUGCCUCCACCUUGUAUCCCUCGUUAAUUAAUCACCAAUCGUAUUUGGUCUCAUCGUUCCUUCAGACGGCCGUUGGGUUUGUGUACGCGGCAACAAAGCAUGAUCGAUGAACUUAAUAUCAACGGUUUGCAUGUAGGCUCCUUUAUUUCCUCCAUUCGUCCGACUGGCACAGCAAUACGACACAUCCGAGAUCGAUCCUCGACCUUCGUUGAGGCUUCUCCUCUCGAUCUCGAAUAUAAAAGGACCCCUCUUGUCGCAACUUUCUCCGUGUGAUUUACUACCCUCGGCCUUGGCAGUUCAUCCUCUUGGUCUCAUCAGCCCAUCCUCUUGGCCUCGUCAGUCUUCCGCUUGUAUGAUGUUCCUUUCCAAUCUUCCGUCUUGUCCGAUAGCGACCGAGGACAGUAGUUAUCACCCACAUAUGAAGAACUUUUUUUUUUCCUUAAUGCUUGUGAAUAGAUAUCAACACGGACGUAGCUGAACAUCUUGUUCAUCCUGAGUUUUUUUU